CUAGUUUAAAAAGUUAGCAAAGCAAAGACACAGGCUAUACACUAAAUAUUUCUCUUUUUUGGUGAUCAUUGUGAUGUCAAGCAGCAGCAAUAGCAGCACCUGCACAGAUGUUGCAGUAGUAACUUCUGAACAACUUUGUUACAUACAUUGCAACUUCUGCAAUAUUGUUCUUGCUGUGAGUGUACCAUGCAAUAACUUGUUUGAUACAGUGACAGUGAAAUGUGGGAACUGCACCAAUAUGUGGCCUGUAAAUGUGGGCAUGGCUGCAGCUUUUCAUCAAUCUCUUUCAGCUGCUGGUUCCACUUCCACCUUUCAGGUUGCUGAAUCUUCCUCUCAUCAUCAGCAAGCAGGACCCAACCUCAUUGCACCAAAUUUUACGGUUAACUUGGGAUUAUCGCAAGACUUCAACAACAAGAUGCCAAUGACCACGCGACCACACCCUCCUACAGUAGUUACUGAUGCACCAGAGAUGAUCAACAACCGUCUUCCGGAGAAGAGGCAACGCGUUCCUUCUUUGUAUAAUCGGUUCAUAAAAGAGGAGAUUCAAAGGAUCAAAGCGAACAAUCCAGAUAUCAGCCAUAAGGAAGCUUUUAGCAAUGCUGCAAAAAACUGGGCACAUUUUCCUCAUAUUCAAUUUGGAUUGAUGAUGGAGAAUAACCACCACCAAUCUAACCUUGAUGAGGAGUUACGUUUUCCGGCAAAUGAUAAAGCUUGA